CUCAUCAGUACAAAUACAAAGUUUACAUUGUAGUAUUUACUUAAACAACAAAUCUAUUAUUUCACGAUCACCUGAUAAGAUAUUCAUAUACUGGACGUUUGUAAGGAUACUAUAUUUACACCUUUAAAGAACAGGCUUAACUACAGGAGAUAUUUUAAAAAGAUUAUGGAAAUUUUUCAUUUGAAACCUCAAGAUGUCAGUAAAGUCGGGGGGACCAUAGUAAAACCAUUAGAAACUGGCCUUCCAAGAAUGUUAAAGUUAGCCGUAGGACCGCAUCGUCAACAAACAAUUCUCUUCCCAACAGUUGACCAUGUAUUUAUGAAAACGUACGAUGUGCUUGAUGUACAGUCGAAACAUGAUGGAUCACUACAAGUACCAUUUGAACCGCAAUCAUCCGAUCCAUGUGCUGGAAGGAUAACAAGACAGGAAUUUGACUAUUUCAUAGAAUGCUGUCAAGAGAACGGUUGUAUAUUUUCAAAGGACAACAGAAAUUCUUCAAAAUAUGAACAACAAGCCCUAUAUACAUAUGGUUUAGACCACUGGCAACACUUAGGCAGAGGAUAUGAAUUUACGAUUUCCAGCAACUACAAAACGUUAGAAAUCGUGUCUAAUAGGUUCAAUGAAGAGAAGGAGAUUUACGAAGUAAACUGGAGUCUGUGUUUAACAUUUCAACAAAUACACGACUUAUUAGAUAAUAUAUGGCUCAUCAUGGAGCCUUUGACACUGGCCGAGAAAAACUGCCUAGCUACUUUACAUGACGAUCAUCUGAAUCAAAUGGGCACAUGGUC